GAUCCACCUUCUGCAGGGCAAUCUCUGGGCUAGACAGAGAAGGCAUAAGCCUCUGCAGCCACAGUCCUUGUCCUCAGGAGAUCCAGCACCAUGAAGGGCUUCCUCAUUGCUGGCCUCAUCACAUUGCUCACGGUUGCAGCUGUAGAGUCCCUGAGCUGUGUGCAGUGUAAUUCAAUGACAAACACCUGUGUCAACAGCACCACCACUGAGUGUCCUUCAGAUGCCAAUGCCAGCUGUACCACUUUCUUGACCAACGCUUCUUUAGGAGGAGACAUUACCUUGUACCAGGAUAAGGCUUGCUCUGCAGAGAACUGCAGUGAGGGCGUGAUUGAGGCCUUCACCAUCCGUGUAACUGAUGAAGAAAGCUUCCAUUUUGCCAGCCAGUGCUGCCUCGGACAGGAGUGUAAUGAUUCCAAUGAUACCAUAGCUCCCCCACAGGAAGAAGUGUUCAGCAACAUAGAGUGCCUUGCAUGUUAUGGACCAAAUGAAACGUUCUGUAAUGUGACAUCCCGGAAAUGCUAUAAGGAAGAAAGAUGUGUCAAUCUAAUUGCAGAAUUUAAGAAUGAGACAAAGCUCGUGGUGAAAGGCUGCUCCAACAUCAGCAACUCCACCUGUCAGUUCCUCUCUACUGAAAACCGGGUAGUUGGAGGAGUCCUUUUCCAAAAGUUUGAGUGUGUAGACAACUUCAGUAUCUCUUCAACACCCAUUCCUACCGUGACCACCACCACUGACACUGGUUCUAAAGUAUCCUUCACCCCACUGGCCCUUGUCAGCUUUCUUCUGCUGGGGCUGGUGCUGUGAGAUCUGCACCCUCAAACCCUACCCUACCCUAUUUAACUGUUCACUGGGUAGCAGUCACAGAUUUCCAGGUCAUAGCCUGUGAUAGCUACAUUGUUCUUUAUUAUUAAAGCAUUGGUUCACUCAUUGACCAAAACUGUCCUUGUACAUUAUGGGCUGGGCUUCCUUCAAGCCACUGUCCAGUACCACUUCCCAGUUCCUUGCCUUUGAAAUCCUUGUACCUUUGUGUGAGGGCCCCCAGGACCAUCCUGAUCCCUGCCCAGUUUGCUUCUGAGAAGCAGACGCUUCCACCUUGCUGGCAUCUUUUGCCUACAGUUCUGCAUUUCUGGGGACCAACAUAACUUAUCCCCAUCCUCACACUUGGGGGUGCCCCAGUGGUACCUCAUAAUGCCCUGUGUUGAUCCCAGUACUGAUAUUUGGCUCUUUAGCAAUUGUAGGCUGUGACCAGAGGCCUAAAGUGACAUUAUAUAGGGCUGUGUCACCAUGGGACCCAAAGAGGGUGCAAAAGGAUUGCUGAUGGCUGGCAGUUUCUCCUGCCCAACCUCCCAGACAGGAGCAUAAUGUUGUCAGUGCCUUGUUGACCAGGUGUCUCAUAGCCUUGCAUGGAAUGAAACAUGGCUGCAGAGUCCCAGCCCCUCCUCUCAGAGAACUUACAAUCAAAGGCAGAGUGCUCAGCUCCAAAGCAGACACCCAGGGAGCAAGAAAACCAUUCAAUCCAAUAUGCACAGAAGCCCAGCUUUAUCAAAUAAAGGGGAACUUGAGCUGGACUCAGAAG